AUGACCCUCAAGACGUUCCAUUUCGCGGGGGUGGCGUCCAUGAACGUCACGCUGGGUGUCCCCCGCAUCAAGGAGAUCAUCAACGGGUCCAAGAACAUAUCCACGCCCAUCAUCAGGGUCAAACUGGUUAACGACGUCGACGAGGCGGCGGCGCGGCUGGUGCAGGGCCGGCUGGAGCGCACCACGCUGGGGCAGGUGGCGCGCCGCAUCGCGAUCCUGCUCAACCCUCCGCGCGGGAACGGCCCCAAGGCGGCGCCGUCCAACGUGGGCGACGCGUGUGUGGAGGUGGUGCUGGACAUGGCAGUGCUGCAGAAGCUGCACCUCCCGGUGGACGCGUUCACGGUGGCCCACAGCAUCGCCAACACGCCGCGCAUCAAGGUCAAGCCCGAGCACAUCGUCAGGACGCGCCCCGACCGCCUCUGGGUCCGCACCGCCCCCGACUUUGAGGCCACGGGCGUGGGCCUGCUCUUCGAGCUGGAGCGCCUGCUGCGCGUGCUGCCCGGCGUGAUUGUGGCGGGCAUCCCCACGGUGGCGCGCGCGAUCGUGGUGCGGGAGAAGGAGCGGAACCAGGUCCUCAUUGAGGGGACGAACCUGCAG